AUGCGGUCAUUUUUGUCCUUACUCUUUCUCGGUUUAGGGUGUCAAGCUCUGACCCUCCAGCGAGCCGUUAAAGAGGCUCCCCUUUCCUGUAACCCCUCCGUUUUAUCAUGUCAUGUUACAGGCGCCGUCGAUGCCUGUUGCUCACCCACCUACGGUCAAGUCGUGUUUACACUUCAGUGGGUGCCAGGUUACGGUCCUGCAAACGAAUUCACCAUUCACGGUAAUUGCAAGGAGAAUGACUCACUGAUUUCAACCAACAGCGCUGGUGGUCGCGCGCCUUCCAAUGGCUGUGAUGCCAAGCGGGCUUCCAAUACAGUGGCCACCAUUGUCCGAGACCGCGAUCCUGAACUGUACCGACUGAUGCAAGCCUACUGGCCGAGUUAUAAGGACGACAAUAACUGGUUUUGGUCACAUGAAUGGACGAAACAUGGUACCUGCGUCAGUACCUUGCGACCCGUUUGUUACGGCAACUAUACCCAAUACGAUGAUGUGCUGGAAUACUUUCACCAAGCAAUGGAUCUCCAUCAUGAUUACGAUAUUUAUGGUGCACUCAACCUUGCCGGCGUUAUUCCAGGAAAUACAUACAAUUACAAGACAUUUUUGGACGCCAUUCAAAAGACAUAUGGCGGUAAAGUCAAAUUAGAUUGUGAUCGUAAUGGUCAGCUCCAGGAAAUCGGCCUUUACUUCCAUGUGGCGGGCCGUGAUCGUUACCAAAUCACCGACGCGGAUCAUACAGGCACUUGCAAAGGCGCCGUCUAUUACCCCAAGAAAUACUAG